AUGGUGCACACUGCUGCUUUGAAAGCUUGGGGCUGAUAAAUGAUUAGCAGCAUUUCCACUUUCCCUUCGUCGUGGUUACAUAACUCACUCUCUCCUGCAGUCUCUGGGACGUGCCUCAUUUCACAACCUUACACCAACUUUCUGCUACUUCCAGUCACUCCUUCCUCUGGGAAACCUUUCGUGUGUUGGAACAGAAUGGCAUCUACCUGCUCAGGAUGUGGACCAGGUUACAAAAGUCCUCUGGAUGCCAUGAAUGGUCCUCGAGAGGAGAUUGUUUACCUUCCCUGUAUUUACCGGAAUACUGAAAUCCAAAAGCCUGACUAUCUUGCAACCGUUGAUGUCGAUCCCAAAUCUCCCACUUAUUGCAAGGUCAUUCACAGGUUGCCUAUGCCUAAUAUGAAAGAUGAGCUGCACCACUCUGGAUGGAAUGCCUGCAGCAGUUGUUUUGGUGAUGCCUCCAAAAAACGCAACCGGCUUAUCUUACCCUCCCUGAUCUCCUCCCGCAUCUAUGUUAUCGAUGUGGGAACAGACGCCCGUGCUCCACGACUUCACAAGACAGUAGAACCUGUGGAGGUGUUCUGGAAAUGUGGCUUGGCCAAUCCUCAUACCUCUCACUGCUUGGGCACUGGCCAAGUUAUGAUAAGUACCCUGGGUGACCCAUCAGGAAAUGGAAAGGGUGGAUUCGUGUUGUUGGAUGGUGAGACAUUUGAAGUGAUUGGAAACUGGGAAUUGCCUGGGGAAGCAGCACCCUUUGGAUAUGACUUCUGGUACCAACCACGCCAUAAUGUGAUGAUUAGCACCGAGUGGGGAGCACCCAAAGUACUUGGAAAUGGAUUCAAUCCUGCAGAUGUCAAAGCAGGUCACUAUGGACAACGCAUCCAUGUGUGGGACUGGACCACACACAAGCAUAUGCAGACUCUGGAUCUGGGUGAAGAGGGCGCCAUCCCUCUAGAGAUCCGUUUUCUGCAUGACCCUGCUGCAGCUGAGGGUUAUGUGGGCUGUGCACUCCAGGGCACUGUGUUCCGCUUCUACAAGACUCCGAAAGGCGAUUGGGCUGCAGAGAAAGUCAUCAAGGUUCCCAAUAAAAAAGUAGAGGGUUGGGUCCUACCUGAGAUGCCAAGUCUCAUCACAGACAUUUUAAUCUCACUGGAUGAUCGUUUCCUGUACUUCAGCAACUGGUUGCAUGGUGACAUUCGACAGUAUGACAUCACUGACAAGAGGAAUCCCCGUAUGGUGGGCCAGAUCUUUCUGGGAGGCAGCAUUCAAAAUGAUGGUCCUGUUAAAGUACUAGAGGACAAAGAACUGGAACAGCAACCUUCUCCACGAAUAGUGAAGGGCAAGCGAAUACCAGGGAGUCCACAGAUGCUGCAGCUGAGCCUGGAUGGAAAAAGACUCUAUGUGACUACUUCUCUAUACAGUGCAUGGGACAAACAGUUCUACCCUGAGAUGUUAAAGCAAGGCUCAGUCAUGCUGCAGAUUGAUGUGGACACAGUGAAAGGUGGCCUGACGCUGAAUGAGAAUUUCUUGGUGGAUUUUGGAAAAGAACCUGACGGUCCUACUCUUGCUCAUGAGAUCCGAUACCCUGGCGGGGACUGCACCUCCGACAUCUGGCUGUGAAAUGGCAGCUCUUACUUCUCAAAAAUAUACAUGGAACAGUAAUCCAUUAUCCUUCUUGCUUAGUUAUCAGUAUAUAGCUAACUCUAUCAUGCUUUAUAUUACUUCCUGUCUUUCCAGAUAUCAGUAUGUGACGGAUGUUGAUAAAAAUUAUUCACUAAUUAACUGAUACUAAUGGUUGACCUGAAUCACAAUCAAUUUUUAUAAUCUGUUUGUGAAACUGUAGUUCACACAGUAACUCAUCUUUUCACAAUAAAAAGCAGUGUGCACAAAGAA